ACGUGUAUGAAGAAAUCAAAAAUGUUAGUAAAUAUUUAGGAAGCUAGCAGACAAAUUCGUAAGUUAAGUUCUUAAAAUGUCACUAGUGUGUAUUGAUGAUUAUGAAAAAUAUGCUCAAGAAAAGCUUCCUAAAAUUAUUUACGAAUUUUUUCAAAGUGGAGCAGGAAGAGAGCUUAGUUUGAAGUGGAACAGGACAAGCUUUUCCAGAUACCGAAUUAGACCAAGAUAUAUGAAAAAAGUAGAUGUCAGGAAUUUGUCCACAAAUGUUUUAGGAAAACCUGUAUCCAUACCAAUAGGGAUAUCACCCGUUGCUUUUCACAAACUUGCUCAUUCUGAUGGUGAAUGUGGCAGUGUAAAAGCUGCAGAAGACAAUCAAACAAUUUUUAUCCUCAGUUCACACUCAAAUUCAUACAUCGAUGAGGUCGCAAGAGCUGCUCCAAAUGCAAGGAAAUGGUUACAACUUUAUAUUUUUCAGAAAAGGAGUAUUACACAAGAUCUGAUUCAAGAAGCGGAAUCUAAUGGAUUUGAAGCUAUUGUGUUGACUGUAGAUUUUGUGGCUUUUGGUUUAAGAUUGGUUAAUAUAAGAAAUAAGUUUAAAUUACCGCCAAAUUUGUGCUCCGCUCUUUUGAAAAAAUACCAAAACAACAACGUUUUAAACAGUUUGGUCGAUAUUUCUGAUCCAACUGCUGAUUGGAACUACAUAAAGUGGUUAAAAACAAUAACCAAUCUUCCAAUAGUUGUAAAGGGAAUUUUGACUGCUGAAGAUGCUGUUUUAGCAGUAGAAGCAGGAGUUUCUGCAAUAUUGGUUUCCAACCACGGAGCUAGACAACUUGAUACUGUACCUGCUUCGAUAGAAGUUUUACCAGAAAUAGUUCAAGCAGUUGGUAGUCGUGUAGAUGUCUAUAUGGACGGAGGGAUUAGAGAUGGAACUGAUAUUUUUAAAGCCUUAGCUCUAGGUGCCAAGAUGGUAUUUGUCGGAAGACCUAUUAUUUGGGGUUUAAAUCAUGAUGGAGAAAAAGGAGGCAAGAAAAUUCUAGGCAUUCUUAAACGGGAAUUGGAUAACGUAAUGGCUCUUACAGGUUGUACCAGCAUAUCUGAGAUUAACAAGGAUGUCGUGAUACAUGAAUCCUUUUAUUCUAAAAUUUGAUUAGGUAGUUUUACCAUUGACUUAAACCGUUGAUUGAGGUAUUGGAGGGUCACAAUAUAAACCCGUCACAAUAUUUCAAUCAACGCUUAAACACAAUGAUACGUUAACACAACAUCAAGUUACUGUACUAUAUAUAAUAUAGUGAAGUUAUGUUAUAGUGAAUAUUAAAUAGAUGUUAUACCUACUUUAUACGUUAUUUAUACUAAUUGUUAUAGUUAUUCUAAUUGUUUUUAUUUAAGCAAAAAAUCGACAUGUUUUUGCAAAAUAAUUUUACAUUGUUUAAAAAUACUUUUUGUCAUUUUUUUUUUCAGUAAGUUAAUAUUAUAAAUGUUCUUCUUUCAUAAACUGUCCGCAGUGUUACUAUAACCUCAUAAUUUCCUGACUUAUAGUGUUGUAAAAAAUAAUGAAUUUGGGAUAAACAAAUUAAAUAACUUUUAAACUA